AUGGGUCGAUACAACUUUGCGCCUCAGCGCGUGCACCAGGCUGCAACACGUCUGCUUCAGGUCCAAGGCUCAAGAAACGCAACCAGCCCGCAACCUCCUCCGCCGUGGUACACGGUCAUCGGCAAUCUACCGCCGUCAGAACGUCUGGUGCGUCCGCCAUUGCAACCCGCCCAGCGCAAGGGCAGAAAGGCCAGCAAGCUGUUUCAACCCGUCAAGCUUCGCUACGAAGAGGACCAACUCAGACUCGACUUCUUCGGCGACCACCCGUGGGAAUUGGCGAGGCCUAGACAGGUUCUCGAACAUGACGGCAAGGACUACCAAAAGUUCGAUUGGAGCCAGCUGGAGCAACCUACAAAACAAGUCGACGGAGAGAGCGUUGUACAAAGACAAGCGUGGCUCAUGUGCCAGGUUCGUCACGAACUCGACUUCGAGGCCAGCCCACGACUGCUAGAAUAUCUUCUCUCAGAGGCCUUUGAGGACGAAGUUGUGCCUCUCUUCAUGAAAGACUACCGAAUCGAAUUGAGCACCAGCAGAUUGCCGUUGAAAGAAGACCUGUCCAAGAUGGCAGACGAUGUCCGCAUGCCUGUCCAGCUCUACCUGACCUGGCACCCCAAAACUCCUUACAACCUCAAGGAUGCUUCUAAGCACUCAUACCGAUUCCUUGCUGAACAAGGUGUUGACACUUCGCUCAUCAACAAGCGCUCUUUCAAAGCAAACAUUCGACACAGCGAGAGCGUCGCUCAAACGCUACGAAACACCGACCUCGCAGCCAUCGGCAAGACCUACAACAUCGACAUUGCCCUCGGCUCUCAAGUUGCCGUCAAGCCAUUUGCCGAAGAAGCCUUUGACGCUCUACCCAUUUCCUUCUCCUACUCCCGCAACGCCUCAGCAGACGUGCCUGCUCUCCUCGACCACCUCGCGACCCUCCUAAAAAUCAACAAAUCCGCCAUUCUCAGCGGCGACCUCCCAACCCCAGAGCCAGACACAUACCCCGCCUACACAAAGCUAGGUGCCUACGACAAGGCCCGUAAAGAGUUCUACGAGAUCCGUCACGCACAGGAGAUCGAACGCCGUGUCGCCCGCGAAGAGGCCCUCUGGACUGGUGCCGAGUUUGGUCCUUCGCCCUUGGAUAUCGGUAUGAAGCUCGAGGACCAAAAGUACGAGGAAUGGCGCGAGUGGGCCGCCAAGGAGAUUCUUGCAAUCAAGCAGCUCAAUGGCUCUUCGGCCAAUGCUCGUGAUCAGGAUGCUCCUCUGGACGUUGAGGCUGAUGAUGUCAAUGCUGCUCUGGAUGAGGUUGAGCCUAGUGUGCCUGGUAGCAAGAGAGGUCAACAGGCCCAGGGAGGUGCUUUGGUCCACCCAUGA